GCCACGAACCCACUGUGCUGACCACUGGACAUGGAGUCUUGUGCAAAGGGCACUGAGGACCCUAGGGGGACCAGAGGAGGCCGCGGCCUCCCCUCCCCUGCGGGCUCCAGCGCCCGGCGGCUGCUGUCACGGCUGGACGUGCGCCCCCUGGCGGCUAGAGCUGCAGCCGACGUGUCCGCACUGGUACGCAGGGCGAGCGCCACACUGCGCCUGCGCUCGAAGGAGAGAUUUUUGCCUCAAGCCGGCACUAGAACGUGCGACGAAGCCCUUAGUGUGACUGACUCUGCAGACAUAGAAGUCACAGAUAGUCGCCUGCCACAUGCCACUGUUGUGGAGCACCAGCCCCAGCACUGUAGGUCAAAGACGCUGGGUGCGGGUACUGCACCACCUCAAGUGACUCUAGAUAAAGCAAGCUGUGCUUGGAAGUCUUCCCGGACCUCUGGUUGGUUCUCUGUGGAGCUGCUCCGUGGGUCUGAAGGCUUUGGCCUCACCUUCAAUGGGGGCCGAGAUGGAGCAGGGGAUGAGCCACUGGCAGUGCGUGGGCUGCUGAAGGACGGGCCUGCACAGCGCUGUGGUCAUUUGCAGAUUGGCGACCUCGUGCUCCAAAUCAAUGGAGAGUCAACGCAAGGCCUUACCCAUGACCAGGUCCUGGAGCAGAUCCGUGCUGGAGGCCCCAGGCUCCGGCUUGGGCUCAGGCGGCCUUCCAGCAAGCCUGAGGGACUGGGAGGACCCCAGAAACAAGAUUGCAGCCCAGAUCCUGAGGGCCCAGAGAGGAGGUCCCAGAGCAUCAACCUUUCCCCAGCACACCACCCUCGAUCCAGCAGGAAGCCCAAGACCCGGGGCAGCCCCGAGCCUAUUGCAGAGGCAGUGGCUGAUGGCCCCGUGGUUCCUUCUCCAGAACUCAACGCUGAGGACUCAGGCAACCAUAUGGCGGGUUCCCCGGGGCCCUGGUUAGUGCCCAGCGAGGAGAGCCUCUCGCGGGCGCUGGGGGUCCCGGGGUCUGCCCAGUUCGCUCAGGAGAUGGCAGCUGGAAGGCGAAGGCACUAAGUGUACAUCAGACUGCUCUGUGCUCACUUGCUAGAGUUCCACCAGGAUCUGUCGCACCCCGACAACUAUGCGCUGGCAUUGUCCUGAGUUUCCUCCUGGUCGGGACCCGCUCCCUCUGCGCAGUCCACUGGCCCACAUCCCCGCACUGAGCCAGUGGUACAGUACUCCCAGUCCCCCAAUUCCCGAGCUUAUGGUUCCAGGUGGGCAGGGAAGGCAAUAAAACAAACCUGUCCUGUCUGGACUCGCCGGGUGCUGCAGGCGGGGUGGGGCUUCUCAUCCAUCCUGGAAAGGAGGGGGUGGGCUGAUCUGGUUUCAAAAGGGCAUCUUGGAACCACUGAGGAGCUACGUGCUGUUUCUUUCCUGCCUCAUGGGUCUUCCCUUCUGCCUGUCCUCAGCCCCACGUGUUUGCUCCACAUUUCUUUUUUCAUCAAUUCCAGCUCUUCUCGCCAUUCCUUCAUUUCACUCUUUUGGAGGUGUGCGGAGACUCGCACGUUAUUGCGUGUGGCUGGGAAUGCAAAGGUGGACCUGUUGUGGGAUGCACCAUAGUCCGCACUGUGCUUGCUGGGAGUCGUCCACACCCUCAGCUGACAGCGGCAUAGCAAGUCUAAAAGCCUGGGGAGGCUUCCUUUUCCUGCAGUCUUCCACUUCCGGCCUGGAAGGGCAGCUUUUGCUGGCAUGUAGUCUGCCACCCUCAAAGCAAAGGCUGGGGCCUUGGAGCCCCCUUUGGGACUGAGCCAGGAAGGUGUGAGUCAGCACCCUGGGCGGCCCAGGCUAAAAAAGGCUGUUAAAACCUGUGAGUCACGCCCCUUUUCCUUAGAUGGCAAGGAACUGCAACCAGCUGGUGCACACGCCCUACUCUGGCUGUUAAGGUUUCUGGGAGAAACCUAGAGUUUUCCCCACCCUGGGAGCCCAGCUCCACGGGCAGAGGCUGCGGUCAACGGGACUCCAACCUGGGUAGCUCCUCAUAAGGUGUUAGCUGAGGCCAGAAAUGCGUAGUCACCUCUGCUGUCACCACAUCCUGAACACUGUCCCAUUGCCCCAAGUAGGGAAGCUGUGGUUGGAGGGGAACUGACAACUUUUGUGCCUAUGAGAAAGAGGCAGAUGGGGGAGAAAUAAAUUAAAGGACAGGAGUGUGAGUCUGGGCUGAGCUGGGGUAUGAAUGCAAAAGAGAGGAACAUUGGAAAGUCUAGCUGUAGAUAUUGUGGGGGAGUGUGUUCAGGGCAUCCAGCUCCCCUUGACUCAGAGCUUGGUGGAGGUGUGGCUCGACAGAUGUCCGAAAGGGAUGACAGAGCUCCAUUCUUAUAAACACAGUCACACCCAGGCUACUAAAACUAGCAACACAGCCUCCACUCAGUCUUAUCCCUUCAAGUGCCUUUAGUACAAUAUUUUUAUCUAGUUGCAUACCUACUCAACAACCCUGAUGUGUGUCCAUUUCACAAGAGGAAGAAAGUGAGGCCUAGAGACUGCAAAUAGCUUUAGGUGGAGGGUGAGUGGAAGAAAGAUUUAAUUAAAGUCUGAUUUUUUUUUUUUUUGAGGCAGAGUCUCCUCGGUGUGUAGUGCAAGCUGGCCUUGAACUUGCUUAUGUAGCCUAGGCUGGCCUUCAACUCCUGGUGAUUUUCCUGCCUCAUCCACAUCCAGUUGACAGCCUGAUUUCUA